AAUACAGUCGCUUUGAAUCCAAAAUCCACGACCUACGGGAGCAAAUGAUGAACAGCAGUAUGAGUUCCGGAUCUGGCUCACUCCGGACCAGCGAAAAGAGAUCCCUCUAUGUCCGGGCUUUAUUUGAUUACGACCGGACCCGGGACAGCUGUCUGCCAAGCCAGGGGCUCAGCUUCUCUUAUGGUGACAUUCUACAUGUCAUUAAUGCUUCUGAUGACGAAUGGUGGCAGGCCAGACUGGUUACCCCCCAUGGAGAGAGUGAACAAAUUGGUGUGAUCCCUAGCAAGAAGAGGGUGGAAAAGAAAGAACGAGCCCGAUUAAAAACUGUGAAGUUCCACGCCAGGACAGGGAUGAUUGAGGCUAACAGGUCGAUCAAAACGAAACGUAAAAAGAGUUUUCGCCUCUCUCGAAAGUUUCCAUUUUACAAGAGCAAAGAGAACGUGACCCAGGAGAACAGCGGACAGGAACAGGGCGUGACAUCCAACACCAGUGACAGCGAAAGCAGUUCCAAAGGACAGGAGGACACAAUUUUAUCCUAUGAACCAGUGACACGGCAAGAAAUUCACUAUGCAAGGCCAGUGAUCAUCCUGGGCCCUAUGAAGGACCGAGUCAAUGAUGACCUGAUUUCUGAGUUCCCACAUAAAUUUGGAUCCUGUGUACCACACACCACUCGGCCUCGAAGAGAAAAUGAGGUGGAUGGCCAGGACUAUCACUUUGUGGUGUCCCGGGAGCAGAUGGAAAAAGACAUCCAGGAGAACAAGUUCAUAGAAGCGGGACAAUUCAAUGACAAUCUCUAUGGCACCAGCAUCCAGUCAGUUCGAGCUGUGGCAGAGAGGGGGAAGCACUGCAUCUUAGAUGUGUCUGGCAAUGCCAUCAAGAGGCUGCAGCAAGCCCAGCUUUACCCUGUUGCUGUUUUCAUCAAGCCCAAGUCUGUGGAAGCCCUUGUGGAAAUGAACCGAAGACAAACAUAUGAACAGGCAAACAAGAUCUUUGACAAGGCCAUGAAACUCGAGCAGGAGUUUGGCGAGUACUUCACAGCCAUCGUACAGGGUGACUCACUGGAGGAAAUUUAUAACAAAAUCAAACAAAUUAUCGAGGACCAGUCUGGGCACUACAUUUGGGUCCCAUCCCCUGAAAAACUCUGAAGACCAUCACCUCCCCUCGCCUCCUCCCAACCCUUGCCCCCAAACCAUUCUCUCGUGAGCAGAACCCAAGCCCCCACCUUCUUCCUCCUUCCCAUCCCUCCGGGGAGAACAGAUGACUGCUGUUCCUGGCCCCUUUUUUAGAUUGGUUGCAAAAUCGAGUUUUCUAGUCCUGUUUCUUUUUGUCGGGAUGAUGUCAUCUCGCUCAUCAUGUGACUGUGCCCAUUCCUGCAUGGACCUUCCCAGGAGCAGCUCAGGCGCCACUCCAUCAGUCAUUGUCUUUCUUUCCAAACCAAGCAGUGGAGAAGGCGGCUGAUGGAUGGGAACAGACUCAGGACUGAAAACCUGCAUUUGGAAAUGGGCUCCACAUGGCAGUGAGCUCCCAGGGCAUUUCUCCUACAUCUGUGUCACUGUCUUAAAGCUCCAACAGUGCGAUGUAAAUGGCAACGAAAGCAUCUUAUUUAUAUGUAUAUGUAAUUUAUAUAAAAUAUAUAGAAAUUAUUAUAUAUAUAUAUAUAUUAUACACCAACAUAAUAUAUAUAUAUAUGUAUACACACACAGCUGGACUAGAAAACCCUUUAGGGACUUUACUGACGGUACUGAAGGAUCUCGGGACUUUCCAACGCCCAACUGGCAGGAAAGUAACAGAACACGGUACAAAAUGUGGUGGGUGUCUCACGUGCUCAUCCAUCCUUCUCAAGAGCCAACCUUUGUUGUCUCUUUUCUACAGGCAGGGGUGGGGGUCAGCCGCCCCACCAGACUUGUUUGCAUGGAGGUUUCCUUUUAUUUGUUUUCAGCUGCUCUAAAACCAAAACCACCUUGUGCUCCUUGCCGUGUCCGCCUUUUCAUGAUUUCGGACAUCACCUUUGCUAACCGAGCAUCUCAUUGUACUAUGUUGUGAGGCCGGUACAAGGCCGGGCCCUGGGGGCCAAUGUUUAGCUGCCAAGGACAUAGAGGGCUCCCAGGGGCUGCUGGGGGUGAGAUAAUGGGGCAGGGAGCCGUUCUUUCCCUUUACUGGGAGCAGCCAGUGAAGCAGCCCUGACUACUUUGGACCUCCACUAAGUGAGUGCUCUCUCCAGCUGCCUUUAUUCCACCCCCCUCACCAGCAGCUGUUUAGCUUACUGUUACUUGGGAGGACAGUAGACUCAAAUUGGGCACAUUUAAGCUGCAGAGCUACAUCCGUGUAAUAGUGAGAAAUCAAGCAUCCUUGCUCUUCCCCAGGGCAUACGCCCACAAACAGCAGCAGAAGCCCUUUCCUGAUAGGCCUGACCAGAGCAAAACCAAAAGCACAGACAGGGCUCUAUCCCUAUUCUCCCCCUAAAGGCCACGUGCCUGGCUAAGGUAGCUAACCUUGCCACGUCUCACUCUUACCCAUUGUGGGCUGGUGAUACAGGGAAGAUGUGGGAGUGUCUGGGCCCCAGAGCUGGUACACUGCACCCUACUUUCCUGGCCCAUGGCAGCUGGAGCACUGUAAAUAACCCCCAGUACUUAAGACAGUUAGGAACUCCUAGCCAAAUUUCAGAAACAUAUUAAACUGUUAUUCUACCAGCAACAUAGACUAGCUGUCCAAGGCUGGGGUGCCAGGGAAAAGGAAUAGCAGCUUUGCCUGGGCACUGUACUGGGGCCAGGGAAGGGAGGGGCUAGCAUAGAGAGGCAGCUUCCUUGCUGUGACCUACAAUGAAUUUUCUGGACAUAGCUCACUCCCUCCCAGAGGAGAAAGGCAAAGACUAAAAGUAAUCUUGACACUAGUUGGUUUACCACUGUUCCUUCCAAGGAGACGUAUAUUUUUUAAUAAACAAUA